GGGCGGAGGCGCGGGGCGCACGGCCAGCGCGCGCAGCGGCUGGAGCCCGGGCGGCGAGCGGCCCCCCGCGACCCUGCGACAGGUUGCUUCCAGCUAUGCAGCGUUUUCCGGUCCCAUGACAUGGAAAUUGACCAGUGCCUGCUGGAGUCCCUGCCCCUGGGCCAGCGGCAGCGCCUGGUGCGUCGCAUGCGAGGCGAGCAGAUCAAGGCAUACUACGAGCGUGAGCGGGCCCUGCAGAAGCAGGGCGGCAGCCUGGGCACUCAGAAGCAUGGAACACUCCAGAAGGUCCACUUCGCUCUGGCCGACAUGCUCCAGGAUGCCGUCAUCCACCACGACGACAAAGAAGUGCUGCGGCUGCUGACGGCGGGGGCUGACCCGCAUGGCCUCACCUGCUCCGGGGGCUCCCUGCUGCACCUGUGCGCUCGCCAUGACAACGCCUUCAUUGCUGAGAUCCUCAUUGACAGGGGGCUCGAUGUCAACCACCAGGACGAGGACUUGUGGACCCCGAUGCACAUUGCCUGCGCCUGCGACAACCCUGAUGUCCUCCUGCUCCUGAUCUUGGCGGGAGCCAACGUUCUUCUCCAGGACGUCAAUGGGAACAUACCCCUGGAUUACGCUGUAGAGGGGACGGAGUCGAGCACCAUCCUGCUGGCUUACCUGGAUGAGAACGGAUUGGACCUGGCGUCUGUGCAUCAGAUGAAGCGUCAGAGGUCAAUGAGGAUGUUGACGGAUGUCACACACCUCCUCUCUGGUGGCGGGAAUGUGAGUGAGAAAAACGAAGAAGGAGUCACACUGUUACACAUGGCAUGUGCAGGGGGCCACAAGGAGGUGGUGAUUCUGCUCCUGGACCACGGCGUGGACCCCAAUGUGGCGGAUAAUCAGUACUGGACACCUCUCCACUUGGCAGCAAAAUAUGGCCAGACGAACCUGGUGAAGCUUCUCUUGAUGCAUCACGCCAACCCGACCCUCCUGAACUGCAACGAGGAGAAGGCCUCAGACGUUGCUGCGUCGGAGUUUAUUGAGGAGCUGCUGCUGAAGGCUGAGGCGGCAUGGGGAGAGAGGGCAGGAGAGCCACUGUCGGCCUCUGCCCUAGCCCAGGAGGACACUUAUGAGGAGAUCAUCCCCCAGCCGCCAGUGCUGGCGAGUAAGCUGAGCCCCCUGGUGCUGCCCAUUGCCAAGCAGGACAGUUUGCUGGAGAAAGACAUUAUGUUCAAAGAUGCAACAAAAGGUGUCUGCAGCCGGCCGGCUCAGGGCAGUGCUCCCGACAUCACCACGGCGACAGUCCCCAGCACACCUGAGCAGGCCAAGCUGAUGCCUCCCGCUCCCAACGACAACCUGGCCACCCUCAGCGAGCUGACGGAUGCCAGCCUGCUCUACGAGAUCCAGAAGCGCUUUGGGAACAACCAGAUCUACACUUUUAUUGGGGAUAUCCUCUUGCUCGUUAAUCCAUUCAAGGACCUUCAGAUUUAUUCUACUGUGGCCUCCCAGCUGUACAGAAGCGACUCGGGGAGGGUCUGCUCCUCGCUACCCCCCCACAUCUUCUCGUGUGCCGAGAGAGCGUUCCACCAGCUGUUCCAGGAGCGGAGGGCCCAGUGCUUCGUGCUCAGCGGAGAGCGUGGCUCAGGCAAGUCUGAGGCGUGCGGCCACCUCCUGAGGCAGCUGACCUGCAGGGCGGGACCCAGCGCCUGGGACAGCCGGUUCGAGCACGCCACGCACAUCCUGGAGGCCUUCAGCAAUGCCAGGACCACCGCGAACCACUCGGCCAGCUGCUGCAUCAAGUACUGGGAGCUCCAGUUCUGCGAGAGGCAGAGGCACGCCACAGGAGGUACCUGAGGCCAGGCCUGCAGGACGAUGGGCCCCCAGCGGAUCGCGGCCUCCACAGGGAGCGACUGGCCGCCCUCAGACAGGCCCUGAGCGCCCUGGGCUUCAGCCACCUGGAGGUGGACGGUCUGUUUGGGAUCCUGGCCGCGGUGCUGCACAUCGGAGACCUCCGCUUCACGGCGCC